AUGACCCCUCUCCCUCGACGACCAUCUACCUCUAAGCUGAUAGCUCGCCUGUGUAUUCUCAGUUUACGCCGAUUAUAUGCCUCUCGUAGAGCUCAACUUGAGGCUCAGCUCCCUGCAGGUCACCCGAGUCUUAGGCCACAGAAGUUGACGCCUCGUCUAAGCGAAGAAUGGAAUACAAUGACGCCAGAAGAACGACGACCUUUCGAAACUAUAGCCAGUGAACAAGCACGCCAGACCGAAGAAGGUCCCAAACAUAACUCGUGGCAUAUGUUCAUGUAUCAGCGGCGUCCGUACCUGGAGGAUGCAUGCAGAGAUACUACUGGCCGCGUCAAUCAGACGAAACUUAUCGGAAUAUUGAAUGAACAAUGGCGUCGCAUGACAGAUGAGGAGAAGGCCCCCUACGUUCUCCAGGCUCAACACUCUCGAUAUAACGACGGGAAUAGUAUUUUGCUCCCUUCUCCGCCGAUUAAGCCAGACUUUCCUAACCCAGAUAAUAGCUACUACGGUGAAAAUCUACCGGCAUUUACCAUUACUCCUCCCUCGUCGGCACCGUCUCCCACCGAUAUCAUACCUCCCUCGGCCUCGGUAUCCAUAGAUUACUCUUCGAGCUAUGAGGCAGCGUUUUCUUCCAGCUCUGCUUCCACCAACCCCCCUACCCGCCGUUGGUCCUCGCUUUCGAAUUGGGAUGGGUGCGAGUCGCAAACACAUUCAAGACGGCAUUCAGAGUAA